AUGCCUUCUGCACAGAAAGCCAAUGACACGGAUCUUGUCGUGUUUGACUGUACUGAGGACGUGGAGCAUUUUCUCGACACAGUUAGCGCAGAGACCAUCCUGGUCGGCCAUUCCACAGAGAGCGAUCUGCACGUGAUCUGGGCCGUCCAUCUGCGCGUGAUCGGCACCAGAUUACCUUGGGAGGACCAUACAGGCUGGCUGGUGGGCAGGGAGGGGCGGGGAGGGAGGGGACAGAGAGGGGGGAUGAGAGGGGGGGUGAGAGGGGGAGGAUGGUCGUUUCACAGGGGAGGUGUUGGUGCUGGUAGUGGUGGUGCUGAAGGUGCCGCUUCUUCUUCUUCUUCUGCAGCAGCUGCUGCUGCUGGUGCGGCGAGGGCGGCAGUGGCUGCAGCGGGUGCUGCAAGUGGUUACCACUGGAAUAAUUUGGCAACCAAGCUCCACCACGCGGAGAACAUUCUCGCGCGCCUCUUUGCCUCUGGGCGCCACUGCACCCUCACGCCCCGUCCUUUUGCCCCCUUGCAUCCCCUCUCCCUCUUAGGUCCCCACUUCAGCCUGCCUCGAAGGGCGUCCAAGCUCCACCACACGGAGAACAUUCUCACGCGCCUCUCUGCCUCUGGGCGGCACUGCACCGUCGUGCUGCACGCGCAAGCUGCCAGGCCGGACCUCUUUCUGGGCGGCAACUCCAACUCCACGUCAGAGAUUUUGUGCCUCAAGCACGGGGACUUGGGCAAGGUUGCGAGAAGAGAGGUGUGCAAGCCGUCAAUCAACCUCCUAGCAGCCACCUUCCCAUCCCUCAUGGCCUCCCUCUCCGCCCGCUGCUCUUUAUCCUCUCGUCCUGCCUUCCCAUCAUCCCUCCACUCCUCUCCCCCUCUCUCCCCCCAUGGGCAGGCGUGCAAGCCAUCAGUCAACCUCCUAGCAGCCACCUUCCCCUCCCUCAUGGCCUCACUCUCCGCCCGCUGCUCCUCCCUUGCCGCCAUGCCUCGACUCGCCACUGCCCUUGCUUCCGAACCUGCCUCCGAACCUUGUUCCACACGAAUCACCAGCCCUGAGUCCAAACCCGCACCUGAGCUUGCUCCCAAACCUGCAUCAUCACCACCCGUUCUUGAGACCACAAUGGCACAGGCACAGGCACAAGCACAGGCACAGGCACAGCAGCAGGUCUCUUCCCCACUUGCUCAUCCUGCAAACUUGGCUAUUGAGGAAUCUUCCAGGAAGGUGGACGCACAGGUGGGGCAGGUGCACGAGUCUCUUCCGGCCAACACGCUGCUGCUCAUCCUGAAGGGGUGCGGCGACACGCCAGCUCAUGAUGGAGUGGCGGUGGAAGCGGCGGCGGUGGAAGCGGCAGCAGUGGAGGAGCACGGCAUGAUGGAGUGGCGGUGGAAGCGGCAGCAGUGGAGGAGCACGGGUAUGGAGCCCUGGGACGAGCACCUCGAUGCCCUCUUGAAUUGA